GUGCUGUCGUCUUGUUACUGAUAAAGUUAUUAGUGAAAUUGUACAGCAUUGUUCAAACUUAGAAUAUCUUUCUAUAGUAGGCACAACCGUUAGUAAAGAUACGCUGAGGAAACUUAGUUCAAAAAUUAAGAUAAAACAAGAUUCAGCACUCGAAAAAAUGCCAGAAGAAGAACUUAAUGAUCUCCGGACAUCACUUGUUUAUUUAGCACAGAAUUUAUGGUUAACCUAUGCGAAUCUCGAAGAUAUUGUACAAUACUGCAAAGACAAGAUUAAAGAUGAACAUUAUCAAAAAUCAAUUGUGGAAUUGGAACGGGAUAUGAGAGGUACGGCUGAAAGUCUCAGUUUGAUGGUACGUAUGUAUGACCUUAAAGAGAAAAUUAAUUAUCAACUUACAAACCUGAAAUUAGAUACUAAUUAUGCUAUUACCGAGUUUGUUCCACGCGAUAUAAAAUAUAGAG